CAAUAUUCUUGUUACCGUACGCGCAAAUCUUUUUUCGAAUAUACAUAAAUAGAAAAAAUAUUGUCGGAAUAAAGAUAAAAAAAGUAAGAGAGAAAGAGAGCGGGGAACGAACAACGAGGGGUUGCAGACAUAUUGGCGAUUGGCAGUUUCGUCGUCGCAGGCUCGCAGGCUUCUCACUCAGACCGUCGUCCACGGCGGCGGAAUGCGGUGAUAUGUGUAAUGGCGGUGACUGUUGGUAGAUUUCGGAGUGAGGUGUAAUUUUGUUCUACGUGUUUAAAACCGUCACAACAUUAUAUCAAAUUUUAACGUCGAGUUUAAAAUAUGAAACAAUUUAUAACUUAAUAAGUGUAUAAAAGAAAGAAGAAGUGAGGGAACAAAAUAAAAAAACGAGAGGACUUGGUGGAGUUUAUCGGCACCUGAAAUUGUGGAAGGUUCUCAACAAUGUCCUAUCCUGGACAACCACCGCUCGGUAUCCCAGGGAUGCCACCAGGGAUGCCGUACAUGGUUGGAGCGCCGCCACCCAUUAUGGGUGGUGUUAUGCCUAUGCCCCAUAUGAUCCCAACACCCAUAUCUGCGAUGCAGACUUCAGCCCCGGCAGUUCGUUAUCCAAGGAAUCAGAAUCGUCACGAGCACGUUCGACGUCGCGAGCGGGAAAAUGGACCACCUGUGACAGUUUUUGUUGGGAAUAUUAUGGAUCGUGCACCGGAUGUCAUGAUUAGGCAUAUACUCGGUGCUUGUGGCCAUGUUCUCUCGUGGAAGAGAGUUCAAGCUUUCGGAUUCUGCGAGUACGCAGGUCCCGAUGCUGGUCUCAGAGCUGUUCGAUUGCUCCAUGACAUGGAGAUUGGAACGAAAAAGCUUGUUGUCAAAGUUGAUGCUAAGACUAAAGUUGUUUUGGAUCAGUUCAAAGCUGAAAAACGAAAGAAACUUCGAGGUGGUCAAUCGCCUUUGCAAGAUGAAACUCCGAGCGAGGGUGCCGAUGGAGACGACAAUGAAGAUUAUAUGGAUGAGGGAAUGCGAAUAAUUGACAGUGAAGCACUCUCCCGCAUCAAUAUGAUCAUUUCGGAACACACAACGGAAUUGGAAAUGGCUCAAGUGGUUCCAGAGGAACUCCCACCAAAACAACCGUCCAAGCAGCUCAAUCUUGACGAUGCAGAGAUCGAAGAAAGUAAGCGAGACUUGAUCACCCGGGAAAUUGGAAAAUUUAGGGAAGUCAUGAAGAAACAAGAGGAGGAAAAGGCCCAAGUGAAACGUAAAAAAGAAGCGGUUGAGAAAGAGGAACGUGAAAAACGGGAAAAAGAACGAAGGGACAGAAGGGACGACGAUGCCGGACUGAAGAACGAUCACGAUGGUGAACCCGGCAGUCCCAUUUCUCACAAAGGUCGAAGUGGCAGCACCGGAAGUAGUCGGAGAGACAAAAGAAGAUCCAAGUCUCGAUCGAAGGAACGAGAGCGCGACCGUGCGGAGCGUCAAAGAAAUGACAGGGACCGGGAUCGAGGAGAGCGGGACAGAGAGCGAGAUCGUGAGCGCGAUCGAGAGCGAGAUCGUGAUCGGGAUCGCGACAGAGAGCGUGAACGCGAGCGCGAACGUGAACGAGACAGGGAACGGGAGCGUGAUCGAGAACGAGAGCGGGAGCGCGAAGAGGCGCGGAAAACCGAGCGCGAAAUAAUGCGCGAACGGGAAGAAGAGGAAGAAGCGAAAGACCGUAAGAAGAACGAGAGGCGGGCUCGAGAAAAAGAGGCUGCUUAUCAGGAGCGCUUGAGAGCUUGGGAAACUCGAGAACGUCGUAAACAAAAGGAGUACGAGAAAGAGGGAGAGAAAAAACGGAGCAAGAGAGAGGCGAGGGAAAAAGAGGCUAAACGUUUGAAAGAAUUUCUCGAGGAUUACGACGACGAUCGCGAUGAUGCCAAGUAUUAUAAGGGAAAAGAAUUGUCCCGGCGUUUGGAGGAGCGGGCACUCGAAGCGGAAGCUGACUCCCGUGACCGAUGCGCCGAACGGCAGGAGCUUCAACGUCUUCGUGACAAGUUGUACGCCGAUUCUUCUCAUCCCGAUCCGGCUGCUGAAUUCGAGAGGUUGAAGGCCGAGAGAGAGGAACAGUACAAGCCGAAACCGGUUAUAACGAUAAUCGACGAGGAUGACGAAAAGGUUCAAAAAGAAAAGGAAGACGUGGUCAUGCCGCCGAUCGAAACCGAGCCGAUUGACAGUGACAGCGACGACGGUGUGCACUUCGAAGACGCUAUACAACCGGAAGCACCUUCGAGAACGCCCCCGCGUCAUCAUCAUCAUCAUCGACGACAUCAUCGUCAUCAUCAAAAUCAUCAUCGUGAGGAUGGCUCCGGGGAUGGAAUCACCGACAAUGAGCGCGAAACUAGCAAGGACAAGCGCGCCUCGCCCGUCACCGUUUCCGGUACGACACCCUCACAACCUUUGCCACCCUCACACGACGAAGACUCGCGAAUGUCGCUUGUCAGUGAACCGGAAAAAACCGGUGGAAGUAAUUUUGUGCCAUUUGCUAUGGGUGGUGGUGGAGCUCGAGGUGGAGAUCACGCUCCUGUCGGUAGCAAAACUCCAGCUAGUCCGGGCAACGUUCUUGUUAAUUCCCAACAGCCGAAUCAGACGAGGAAAAAGACGCGUAUCGACGUAAAAGAUGUUUUUAACAAUGACGACGACGACGACGGAACAAAUAACUCGAAAAAACGAAAACUCAUUCCUCUCGAUUACGGCGAGGAUAAAAAGAAGAAAGUUCUCGAAGAAGCUUCGAAGACUGGGAAGGAGGAAAACUCGAAGAGUCAAGAGGAAAAACGAAAGCAUAUCAAGUCUUUGAUUGACAAAAUCCCAACGGACAAGAAUGCAUUGUUUGGUUAUCAGCUCGAUUGGGCGGUUAUCGACAACACUUUGAUGGAGAAGAGAAUACGGCCUUGGAUAAACAAAAAAAUAAUUGAAUACAUCGGUGAGCCGGAGCCUACGCUCGUUGAUUUUAUAUGCAGCAAAGUUAUGGCUGGCAGCUCCCCACAGGGUAUACUCGAUGAUGUACAAAUGGUAUUGGACGAAGAGGCAGAGGUAUUCGUUGUGAAAAUGUGGAGGUUAUUAAUAUACGAAGUGGAAGCCAAGAAAAUGGGAUUAGUGAAAUGAAAUUUGAUGUGAAAACAAAAGGAACGAAAACAAACAAGAAAUAAACCUAACUGACUUACGAUUUAUACUA